AUGGUUUCGAAAACCAAGCGAGUUGCUACUGCAGCAGCAAGAACGGCGGCUGCACGCAUGCGUGCGGCCGCGAAAAUUGCCUCUCACACCUCAGCAGCAGGCGAUUCGUCGCCUGUUGUUUUGAUUCGUCCACGUGGUGAGUCACUACAUGCGACGGGUUCAUCCGCUGCGUCUGCAGCAGGUCCUUCGAGUCGUACUCCAGAUGGGUCUGAAAUUGAGCUCAUCUAUUCUGGCGAGUCGGAUGAUGCAUCCGACUCGAAGGCAACGCCUCACGCCUCCGGAUCACCCGGGAAGGACACUGCAAGAGCCAGGUUGACUGGGUCUGGUCAACGCGGCGGCGUUAUGACCGAGAUCUUCGGAUCGAGUGAUUAUUCCGAUGAUAUUCCGCCUCACGCAAGUCCAUCCAACGAUAGGACUCGUGGGAAUGGUGGUAAUGCACCUAUACAUCACCACGAACAAAAUCAAUUUAAGGUAUCAAACUGUCACUGGUGCCAGUGCUCACGCUGGCACCAAUCAAGAGGCCAGGGACCGAAAUGUCCAGCGCCACGCUCCCCAAGUGGAGUCUCCGUGGGCGCCGCCAUCCAGAGAGUUGAACAGGUUGGCCGGCAUGACUACCGAACGGGAUCGAAUCCUGUUGUUCGAUUGCAGGAAGAUUUGCCCACCUGA